GAGAAAACAAUUGAAAGCCAUGCGUGUGCGUUGAUCUCGGCUUUGCCUCUGUGUUGAUCAAUUUUCGAGUUAUGAUUAAUUGAAAUCCACAAUCUCCUCAAACGUUCCUAAAAUUUACACCUCAUUAUUUUAAUUUGUUUACUUUACCCUUAUCGCAUAUUUCAUUGGUGGUAAGAAGCGACCUGUGGUGCACUAUAUGCUAAUAGAAAUGAUAAUUGACGUUUCCUGUGGAGUCCGCCGCCAUAUUCAGCUGUGUACCACACCCCGACUGUUGUAAAUAUAUUUUGAUGGAAACGGGUCGAUUUCGGCCCGGAAAACGGGAAAUCGGGCAAGCUGGAACUCAUGGAAUUAGAGAAUAUUGUCGCCAAUACUGUUUACCUCAAAGCAAGAGAAGGUGGAGGAGAUAGUAACAAAGGCAAAAGCAAGAAAUGGAAAAAAAUUCUUCAGUUUCCCCACAUAUCCCAAUGUUUGGAUCUUCAAAAAAAAAUAGAUGUAAGGUACGGUUACGUUGUAGAUCAGCAGCCCAUUGGGCGAUUUCUAUUCCGAGAAUUUUGUGAACGUCUUCAUCCAGAAUAUCAUACUUACAAUAUCUUCCUUGAUGCCAUCGAGCAGUAUGAAGUCGAAUCUGAUGAGAAUCGAUCUGACCUGGCGCAGACACUAUACAAGCGCUACUUACAAAGAGAUGCAUCUGAAGCAGUGGAUGUACUCAAUGCAGAAGUUGUGGAAAGAUGUAAAGAACGACUCUCACCAGCAAACAAAGACGUGUUUGAUGAAUGCUCUUCUGCAGUCAAGGCAUUUUUAGAAGGGGAACCAUUUCAUCAAUUUCAGGAGUCAAUGUAUUUCCACCGCUACUUACAAUGGAAGUGGCUUGAAAGUCAACCUGUGACGCACAAGACAUUCCGAAUGUAUCGUGUAUUAGGGAAAGGAGGGUUUGGUGAGGUUUGUGCUUGCCAGGUUCGUGCAACAGGGAAAAUGUAUGCCUGCAAGAAACUCGAAAAAAAACGCAUUAAAAAACGAAAAGGAGAGGCUAUGGUGCUGAUAGAAAAGCAAAUCUUGCAGAGAAUAAAUUCAAAAUUUGUGGUAAGCCUGGCUUAUGCUUAUGAAACUAAAGAUGCACUUUGUCUGGUUCUAACAAUCAUGAACGGUGGAGACCUCAAAUUUCACAUAUAUAACAUGGGUGGUGAACCUGGUUUUGAUCUAAAUAGGUCACGUUUUUAUGCUGCUGAAGUUUUGUGUGGUCUGCAACAUCUCCAUGCGCAAGGCAUUGUUUAUAGGGAUUGUAAACCUGAAAAUAUACUCCUUGAUGAUACUGGUCAUGUCAGAAUAUCUGACUUAGGCCUUGCUGUUGAAAUUCCGGAGGGGGAUAUGGUUCGAGGAAGAGUUGGCACUGUUGGUUACAUGGCACCAGAAGUCAUUGACAACGAUAAAUACACCUUCAGUCCUGAUUGGUUCAGUUUUGGUUGUCUUAUAUAUGAAAUGAUUGAAGGUCAAGCACCAUUUCGUGCCCGCAAAGAAAAGGUUAAAAGAGAAGAAGUAGACCGACGUGUUAAGGAUGAUACAGAGAACUAUUCACAUAAAUUUAGUGACGAGGCUAUGUCACUUUGCCAACAACUCCUGAAAAAGUCUCCCAAGACUAGAUUGGGAUGUCAAUGUGGACGACAGGGUGCAAGAGAAGUGAAGCAACAUGAGUUUUUCAGUUGUUUAAACUGGAAACGACUUGAGGCUGGCAUGUGUGACCCACCAUUUGUACCUGAUCCUCAUGCCGUGUAUGCGAAAGAUGUAUUGGAUAUUGAGCAAUUCUCCACCGUUAAAGGAGUUAACUUGGAUGCCACUGAUGAUACCUUUUAUACAAAAUUCAAUACUGGCUCUGUUUCAAUACCCUGGCAAACUGAAAUGAUUGAGACUGAAUGCUACAAAGAACUGAAUCACUUUGGUCCCAAUAUUACAAGAACACCUGACCUUAUUCUUGAUGCUCCUCCAGAACCAGAGUCCAAAGGGUGUUUUCCUUUUCGCCGAAAGAAGCUGACUGCACGCAUGCGUCCUGUUCCAAUCCAUGUUGAUAGUACUCCGCCCCCUGCCCCUCCCACAGUUGUGGACAACUCUACACCAAACUCAGCAUCAGCAACAAGAAAUGCCAGUGCUGGUCAGUCAGUGCCAGCAGAUUCUACAGUUACCACUUCAGCUACCAGUACUUCUAUGUCAGUCACUGUGACCUCUUCUACUACUUCAACUACAAUGGUUACAGGAACCUCAGUGACCAUUUCUUCUAUGUCAACUAUGCUGUCAACCACAUCUAGUGGUACCAAAACAGUCAACUCUGUGAGCUGAUGGAGGCCUAUACCUGCAUAAUGCACAGUAGGAUUAAUCUUUAUCUGAUAUGGAGGAAAACGACUGAAGGUUUUGCUCCAACUGGAUAUAAAAGCUUCAUAAUUUGGUUUGCAGAUGUGAGGAACAGGUGUAAACAGACUCUUUAGGAGAGGGCACUUGGCUGGCUGGUUGUAGGAAGUUACUUCACAAAUAUUUCUCCCUUUCUUUCUGUGUUUCUGACGCAAUUUGAUACUUGCGUGCAUUGUUACAAAUGAGGAAGUACUACUUUUGGUACUUCUCACUAGUGACUGGAAAUGCUUGUAGAAGUUAUACAAUUGCAUUUGACCUCAUCCUUGGGUGCAAUUGAAGCUUAUGCUCAAAGUACAAAUGAGACUUUAUUUCUUUCUAAUAUUGAGAAGCAGAAGAGUGUCUGCUUAACACGGAGUGGCCUAAAAUGCAUACUAUUUAAUUUGUGAUACUCUGACGUACCUGUGUGGGGGUUGUAGCAUUUGUAAACUUUUAAUUUGAAGAACUAUGUAUUGCUGCAAUACAGAGCCUCAAAUUUCUCCCAUGAAGUACCUAGUGCUCUCUCCUUUGGAUCAAAUUUUGUCUGUUGGAAAUUGUAAAAUUUCCUGUCCCCCUCCCUUUUUUUUUAACUAAAAGAAAGUACAUUUUUGAUGUAUCAACCUCAACCUGCAUCUUUUUUAUAAGACAAAAAAAGGAAAUAUUUGCAGCCAGUUUUCUCCUUCUCUUGAAAUUUGAUAACUUUCUGUUGACAUUUUUUUGUAGACCUGUUAAUUCUACUACAAUCCUACUCAUUGUGAUUUUGAAAAACGCGGAAAUACUUGGCAGGUAUGACUUGCUCUGAUGGAUUUGUAUCAUUCAGUUGAAGUUAUGAAUGUACUGAUGGUCACGAACACUAAAAGUACAAGUUAUCCAUUAAGUUUUAUAUGACUCUUAAAGGCAUUACAGUAUUAUAUUAUUUAAAAUAUUGUUAAUGAGUAAUGGAAAGUGUAGAUGAAGCCAAGUUAACAGAUUUCACAAACAACUAGAUUUUUGACAGGAUAACGGAUUUGUGAUUUUCUCUUUAAGUGAUUUCUUUAGGAAAUAUGAACUUGCCAUAUAGCCCCAAUGUAAAGGAUUUCUUAUUCUUGUUGGAUUUCUAUCUACUUUCAGUCUUCCAAACAACUGGACAGCUCAGUCAAGUGCACGGGCAAAUUUACGCACAAAUUACACCUCAAGAUUUCCUUGAAGUGUAAUUCAACCGUACCUGUUACUUUAAUUAUCGAAAAAUUCGAUUUUGCAAUUGAAGCUUAAAAUGGAAGUUCUAUACGAAGUUUUCAAAGCCAUGCUGACUGCAUGCAAGAUCUUGCCAGUGGGCUCUCCGAGAAAAGUGCCAAAGCCUAAUUUGUCUAGUGUGAUUUGUAUGAAAGACCUGAAAAGGGGUAGAUACUUUUGUUGUUAUGUCUUGUAACCAAAACAGAGGUGUUACUCGUCUCUGAAAUUCUUCUUGAAUUUAUAAGCUGCUCAGUGUUGAUUUCUUGCCUGCUGUCCCUUGCUUUACAGUGCUAUACAAGGAUUUUACAUAAUGUACACAGGUAUUCCUUUGUUACUUCAUCUUGUCAAUUAUUUGUUACUAAACCGAAUAAAUGUACACAAUCAUUUUACUGUAGUAGAGAGUGUUAGAAUUCAGCAUUGUUUGUAGUUAGUUGGUUUUGAAGGUGUAACAGUCCUUCAUGGGCUAGUGGUAAAGGGUUUAAGAGGGUUUUUUUUCCUGUUUUCUGGCAGUUUGAAUGAUCUUUGGUUGAAACUGUAUUUGAAAUACGUUUAUUUUUUUGUUGGUUCUGUGUCAUAAAUCUUUAUUUUACUUUUCAGAACUUUAUGAUUACCUUAUUCUGUGUACUGUUGAAUGAAUUAUCAUGUUGAAUUCUGCAUGGUGCAAUAGUGCUGUACACCCUAUGUCUGAGAUUUCUCAGGUUGGGGUUAUUGAUAGUCAGAUGAAAUAGAGUGGCUUUUAGUAGCUUUUAUUAUUAUUAUUAUCUUAUUUAUUUAUUACGUAGAUCAGUGCCCUGCAUUAAACUUGCCGUUUAUAUUUUAUUUCAAUAAUUUUUUUGUGUGGCAGUGUUGGUUAGGAGCUGGACAGGCUGUAACUGAGUUAUGUGCAGUUUAGUCUUGAUUCGCACAACCAGUAUGUACCAUAUUAGCUUUACGAACUCUAGCAAGUCUGGUUUUUAUCUAUCAAUGCUGCUAAAAUACAUGGUGCAUAAAUAUUAUGUUUAGUUUCUGUUUAUUCACAAUUGAAGAGGUUUUCUUAGCUUGAAGUCAUACGGAGAUAAUCUUUUCAGCUGGCAGCAUAUCUCUAGGAAAUUCUUACAUUCAGUUCAUCGAACCAUCAGGCUGUUCUGCACAUUAUUUUGACAAUCAGACUGAUAAACUUAGUUCUUUGUGAUACUGUUGUUUAGGCUUUGCUGGGUUGAUGUUGAAUCGAGAAUCGUGCUACUGCCCCAAGAAUAAAACUGUUGUUUCAGAACCAGACCAUGUGAUUCAGAUAAUGUAUUAUAAUGAAGCUCUUGUCUCAUGCAAGAUUUAAUAUUUAUGGUCAAUAUUUUUGUUGUUUAAAUUGUGCUACAUUGAAGAUGCAGCUGCUCGUUGUGAAUGGUUGAAACGGGUUUUGUGCUAAUUUUUAGUAUAGUCAAGCACUCUUCAUUAAAAUUUCAGUCCUAGAACCUCUUUCAAUUUUGAAAUCUAUAUGGUUUCAUUUGAUUGUGUUGCGCUAGUUUGUAGUAGUAAAUAUCAGUGUUAGUUUAAUGCCAUAAGUUUUGAAUUGUGAUGAGCUGUUUGGAGGUGCUCAUUCUCUGUAAGAGAAUAUCAGAAUUUAUGUGGCAGUGCAAUUUUUAAAAGUUAUUGUUGUUUUUAUUGGGGCCUGUUCAUUUUAUACUGAGAUUGUUCAACAUUUAAAAAACUGUGUGUCAAUCUGAUAAAGUGUAUUUAAAACAGUGUAUCUUCUCUAUUGGAAAUCAGAUUUCAAAGCUGGCAUUUGUUUACUAUCAUUUGUCUCAGUUUUUAUUAUUACUUACAUUAUGAAAAUGUACGUAGCAAUUUUGUAAUGAAUGACUUUACGGACACUCUGUGUCUUUUAUACUAUUUUUAUUUAUUUAUUUAUUUAUUCACAAUUCCCUUGAUUCAUAUUUUAAAAACUGGUGGGUAAGAAUAGCCUUUAACAUUUUUUGUCCACUCUCAACUUUUAGUAUUCAUGAAUGACAUCAUAUCUUACACUGCAUUGGGUACCAUAUCUGUUUUCUAUGGGUUGUGAUUUCUUGAAAAGAGGUGGCUCCGCGUCCAAACAAGAGGGUCACUUGGGCUGCUGAGGCCUUGCAAACAGGGUGAGGGGGUUGUUAAAACCGAAGCAACCUUGGCAGCCCAAGCAACCCUUUUGUCUUAAGUAUCCCAGAACAAAGUCGAACAUGCUGACCUAAGAGUCCGAGACUUAUUCAUUCUAAGUUACUUAUGUCAAUGAAACAGCAGUAGCAACUUAACUUACUGUUUUCCAGUCCUGGAACUAUAGUGACACACCCUGUUAGCCUUCCUAUGGGUCCCUGUCACUAGACAAUUUAAGUUCGGAAAUAUUGUAUCUAGAGAGCUCAUUUCACUCUAGAGAACCUUUGUAGGUGUGUGGUGUGAUAAGUUGGAAUGAAUUUUCAUUGUUUUCUGUGGACCUUGUUCAAAAAGGCUUUAAUGUUGAUGUGUUUGUACUUGACCAAUUUCUCAAUCAUGUCUAGGUAUGAAAUGCCAGCUUUGACUUCAAGGGUUGCCUUUGUUUUCAACCCUACCACCCACGUUUUAUUGCAUACAUAUGUGUGGACAACCUCUAACUUUUAUAUUUUCAAUCCUUACCCAUCUUAUGUAUUUAGUUUAUUCAUUCAAUCUUAUCUGCAACGCUUGACUAAAAUCAUAACUUAUGAAGAUAUGACAGGAUCUGAUUAAGUUGUGAAAAUGUGUAUGUCUAAACCUUUCAAAGAUGGUAACCAAUGGUACCACAUUGUGUUUCUUAGGAUUGGUAAAAGUGCUUCAUCAAAUUUCUGGCUAAAUUAAGCUGAUAUACAACAAUAAAGAUCUAUCUGUGUACCUCUGCUUAUUAUUCUUUUGUUACCUUUCAACAAAUGGCCCAAUUGUGAAUAGUGUGUAAAUAUGUGAUUUAUUUCUGUUUUCAAAUUUAGUUGUUAAAAAGAUUCUGUCAAAUUACAGUCUUGUGUGAAUCUCUUUGUUAAAAAUAAUUAGCUAGUUACCAUCAAGUGGUACUGUUAACUGGUUCAUCAUAAGAAGAACGAUUUGUGUAGGUAGUUGUCUACUUCUGAGCUAUUGAGUACAUUCACCAUUGCCAUUAUUAUUCUCAUUGAACCUAUGCUUUCUAGUACUAAUUUUCUUCCUGUCUUGUUAUACACAUUUAAUGCAAAUCACGAAAGCAGCACCUAUCUUUCUUGCAGCAUGUGAAAUCUUUUCCUAGCGGCCUUACCAGCUUUACUAUAUUUUAGAACAAUCUUAAGUUCUUUUGUACAAAAUUCAGUAACUCAGACUUUCCAUCAUUGGAAUUUUCCAUUGAUUAUACAUCAGUCUACCAUAACAUUUCUGAGGACAUUUUAUCGAACAGAAAACUGUUCUCAAAGAAUUAUUUUUUGCAUUCUCAAUGUUAAAUGUUUGACUAAAAAACUAACAAACAAUCUGUAAGGAACAUAGAAAUUUUACAUUGUACUUCAUUAAGACUUGGAGUUCACAUCUAGAAAAAGUAAUUUGCUACUUUUCUCUCCGUAAGGCUUUGGACCAACUGUGUUUCUUGUUCAUGUCUGAUUCUAAUUUGCACUUUAAGUGAUGGCUGAUAUGACAAAAAGUGUUAGAUGUUGCUUAGUUUUCUGAACGUGAGUGUGUAGUCUAAAUUUCUCACUAAAUCACUGCAAUGUUUUGUAAUUUGAGUGAUGUCUCUGUAUAAUUCUACAACUCCAAUGCACUUUAUUCCCUAAACCAAUCUACCAACGUACCUAUUUUUAUUUUCCGAUUUUGUUGUUGUUGUUGUUUUUUUAACAAAUGACAGAUCAAAAAUGAGGUAUGUUCGCAUGCCAUCAGAACCACGCACUGAAGAGUAAAAACUCAAGUUUUUAUUUUCAAGCUUAAUUUCAAAUUUUAUAUGUCUUAAUGUAGGCGCAUUUUUUAACUCUGUAUGUAAACCAUAUUUUGUUGAACACCGCAUGCUUGAUAUUUGUGACACAUCUCAUGAAGACUGAUUUAAUUGGCCAACUUCGACUUUUCAGUAUCAAAGUAGAAAAGGUUGUAGAGAAAUGAAGUCUCAUAAAAUUUGCUGUAACACUAUAAACAAAAGUAUCUUAUGUCUGUUGCAAUUUUGUGUUUCUUAUUUUGCUAUUCUGCAGUACUGCUGUCUCACUUUCUGAUCAAAAAAUCCCAUUUCUGUGACUGAACAUUUUAAAUGAGAUUCUGAUUCAGAAUAUGACGAGCAGUUGUGAACAAAAUUUUAAUUGAGCUAUCAUUUAGUCUGUUAUAUUUGGACUUAAAAUAGGGUAGUACCACAAACUGUAAUACAUUGAACGAAAGAAUUUUGGUGAUGUUCCAUUGGAGAUCAGUGUUUGUAAGAUUUUUUUUGGAAAUUGGUGCUACAAUAUAGGCAUGUAAACAUAGCCUAAAUUAAGGAAAUUUGUAAAUUUGUUGGUUUUGUAAAACUAAACUUUUUUAGCUAUGUUUGCAGUUUAAGGCACAGAUUCGAUUAAAGUAAUGGUAACUUUUUCUUUAUCAAGUAUCGUGUUUGAAGUUAUGUUGUUUUCGAAUGUGUACAAUAAGAAAAAUAUUAUGUAAUGGAAUAAAUAGAAAUUAUAUAAUGAUACCCACAUA